AUGUGCCCGAAUAGAAUGAGUCAAGUUCACACCGAGAGCUUCGAUGCAGCUAGAAAGAGAUACACAGAAGCCGCAGCUGGUACGGAUGAUUGGGUAGCCGCUUGGGAGACGUUCCAAAGAGCACUCACCCGGCAAUGGGAGACGUCUGGGAAAGCAGCUGAUCUGGACGCCCUAAAAGGUCAUUGUCUCGAACUUACUGAGCUGGCACCAACAGAAAAGAAAGGGACGAGCUGGAUGGUAAAGUGGCUCAACUUGACAGUCACAAAAAUUGAGAAUCUCGAGUCUGCAAGCUACUCGGAUUUGGAAAGCGCACUGCUAUUCUCUAGGCUGUCGCUUGAACAUGCUGCCAGUCAGCAACCUGCUCUUUGUGCGCUGAUAAAGGCUCGCAUGGCCGAGCUACUGCUCCGCUUGUACCAAAUAGGCCACGAGACAGCUAAGCUAAUGCUGGCAGUAGACGAGGCUGAGGAUGCAGCUAGGGUCGACGUUGAGGAUCAUGCAGAUCGCUGCAGAAUUAUGCGUAUCCUUGGCACUACACUUCGAGAAAAAUACAGUUGCUUUGGAGGACAUGAUGACCUGAAGGCGUCGGUGAGGGCUACGAGAUUAAGCUUGGAAGCUCUUCCGCGCGAGGAAGCCAGCGGCCGCUCUCCAAUGUGUCUGGCACUAUAUCAGAACUUGGCAAAUGCCCUGCAUCUACUCUUUGACGUAUCCGGAGAUCCUCGUCAUCUCGACGAAGCGAUUGAGUUCGGCCACAAGUCUCUUGGGGGAGGUCCAAACGGAGACGAUGCAGCUCAAUGUAUCAGCCUGGUAUCCUCGUUGACUACAAGAGGUAGACUUAAGAACGAUAUCAACGACAUAAAAAAUGCCGUAUCUAUUAUGGACAAGCUGAUAGUCCUGGUCUCGCCGAAGACCAGCAGUAGAGAGCGAGCAUCCAUGUACGACCAUUGGGCCCGCGCCCUUCAGGCAAGGUAUGGGAUUACAAAUCAGCUACAGGAUCUGGAGGCCGCCAUUUUAGCCGGGAAGAAAGCUGUAACUCUCUUUGAGAACUUUCCUUACGGUGCUUACAAAGCCUCCGUGGCUCUCGAGAUGCUGAUUCUGUACACGAAGAAGUACGAACGAUUGAGAAAGCUAGACGAUGCUUUGGAGGGUCUCCGAUAUGGUGAGAUGAGCAUACAAUUUCAAGUUCCUGGAUCGUUUAAGCUUGGAAAGCACUUUGGUCAGAUCUCUAUCCUAUACGAAAAUAUGUUCUUUUGUACCAACAAGCGAGAGCAUCUGACUCAAUCUUUGUCAAAGGCACAAAAGAGCCUAGAGUUCAUGCCUAACUCCGCCAUUGCGCAGAACAACAUGGCUUGCAGAUUUAUUGUGCUUUAUAAAAGGGAUGGGGUGCAGAAGGAUCUGGAUCUGGCUCUCCAUCAUAUCGAAUUAGCGUUCACGGCAUCGGAAGACAUCCAACUUGGCCGAGGUGGACUGCUGUCGACUGCUGCUGAAGCCUACAGGCUGAAGUACGAGGCAAGUGAAAAGAGCGCUGCGGAUGGCUCGGAGGCAGAGGCAUGUCUCGUCAAGGCCGUGGAUUACUUUACACAGUCAGCUAAGCACCCAUCGAACCUCGUUCUAAAACGUAUCGAAGCAGCACGUCGCGCGGCAGAAUUACUUGGGCGCCAGUGCCGCUGGGAGGAGGCCUACGAGCUGCUUCACAGCGCCGUGGACUGGAUCCCCACGCUUGUGCCUAUCCACAUGAGUUCGGAAGAUCAGAGGACUAUCGUGAAGUCUUUUUUCGGGCUGGCGGCAGAGGCUUGCUCGGUCGCAAUUGCGUGCGGGAGAGUGCGGGAAGCCGUAGAAGACCUGGAGAGAGGGCGCGGCAUCCUCGUCGCGGCUGCACACAAAGCUCUGCACAACAUCGACAAUCUCCAGGAAAGGAGUCCGGACCUCUUUAGACGAUACUGCCGGGCCCGAGACCAGCUGCUCGGGGUCCCAAACGGGGUGGAGGGCGGCGCGGAAGAGCUUCGAAUGUACCCAGAUGACCACGCAGUCAAACGAGUAUCCCAGCUACCAUCCAGGGUAGAUACGCUCAAUAGGGAAAUGGAGGAGAUUCUAAAAGAGAUCCGCUCCAUUUCGGGGCUGCACCGAUUCCUGGAGCCCAUCUUGUCAGGCGAAAUGCAGGAGCUGUGUGGGACCAAGUGUGUGGUGGCCCUGAACACUAGCAAGUUCGGAACCCAUGCCAUCAUCUUGAACAAAGAACGGAUCUGGUCCGUUCCGUUGCCAGAUCCCCCCUACAUACCGAAUUUUGCGGGCGCUCUCCAUGUAGGUGUGAGGGUCAUGGAGCGCAUUGUCCAUCACAAAUCGGAUGACGACUGGAGCGACUGGGUUCCCAACAACAAUUCGCUGCUCGGUCUACUGGCCAUUCUUUGGCAUCACAUUGCUGAGCCCGUCACCAGGGAGCUGGGGUUUGGACAAGUGCGAGGCUUCGAGUCAGAGCUCAUGAUGGGACGUCGAAUUCUGUGGCUGCCGACGGGGCAGUACUCUCGGUUCCCCAUUCACGCAGCGGGCCUGCACGGUGGGAACGGAAAGGACACAUUGUUUUUCGGGCGAGGUGUGCUGUCGACGUACAUCGCCAGCUUCCGACAGCUGGCGUUUGCUCACAGCAUCAGCACCGACUUGCCGAGCCGGCUGGGUGGCAAGGGAUUAAUCAUCAGCAUGGAACCGCCGGAGGGAGGGUCCGACAAGGCUCUGUACCUGUCCAACGCCGGUGUCGAGGUCGAAGAGGUCACCGCAGAGGCCAGCACCAUGAUUGACUGGGAGGUCCUUCGACGACCUACCCACUCCGAAGCGCUCAGCAGUGCGAGUACAUGCUCCUGGCUCCAUGUGGCAAGCCACGGCGUCUCGGACAACAGCGAUCCAGCAGCGAGCUUCCUUCGCCUUGGCACGGACGAGGACGACGCUGUUUGCGCGGUUCAAGGCUCGCGCCUCACGGUGCAGCAGAUUGCAGAUGUGAGAGCCCACCAGGGCAUCUUGGCGUUCUUAUCGGCCUGUUCCACGGCAGAGAACAAGGUGGCGCUGCUGCUGGACGAGAGUCUCUCCAUAGGCUACGCGUUCCAGCUGGCAGGAUUUCCCCAUAUUGUCGGCUGUCUAUGGCCUGCCUAUGAAUUCAUCUGCCCUGAUUUCGCGGCAUUCUUCUACCGCUACCUCGUGCAGUACGGGCCCAAACAAGGCAGGCCCCUAACGAGCGAUCUUAUAGCAUUUUGUGUGCACUAUGCUGCCAUGUCCAUUAUGAUCAGUCAUGACUGCUUAAAGGAGCCAAUCUUUUGGGCUGGAUUUAUGCAUAUUGGCGCCUAA